AUGGAUACUGGUAGAGAUGGACAUAUUUCUUACAAGUUUCCUGAGGUCAACAUGGAUUCUCUUCUCAAGAUGGCUGAGAGAUUCCCUCCUGGAAAUCUGGAAAUUUUCAAAAGCUAUUAUGGGAAUAUUAUAGAUUACCUCAAAACUCCUCUCAGCAAAUAUCAACACAGUGCACUUCACACUCUACUACAGUUCUACGAUCCUCCUUUGCGGUGCUUUACCUUCCCGGAUUAUCAGUUGGCGCCGACUUUGGAAGAAUAUUCAUGUAUUCUGGGAAUCCCCAUCAAACUUCAAGUUCCUUUCCAUGUGUCUAUGGAGGUCCCUGAUUCUGAACAUGUUGUUGUUGCCCUUUAUUUGGGCAAAUUUAUGGUGGAUGCUAAUCUCAAGACAAAAGGAGGACUCCUCGGGUUUCAGUUGAGCUUUAUUUUGACCACUCUGGAUCCUUUGGCUAAAAAAGAGAAUUGGAAGGUUUUCAGCACUGUUUUGGCUUGCAAUAUCUAUGGCAUUGUUUUGUUUCCCAACAUGGUUGGUUUUGUCAAUAUGAACGCCAUUCGUAUCUUCAUGAUGGGGAACCUUGUACCAACAUUUUUGGGAGAUAUUUACCAUUCCAUUCAUUCCAAAAAUCACAAAAAGAGAGGUGGCUUAGUAUGGUGUUGUGCUCCUCUUUUGUAUCAUUGGUUUCGAAGCCAUCUCCCUUGCAAAGGAGCGUUCGCAGAUAACAAGGAAACCUCGAAGUGGUCCAAGAGACUGAUGGAACUUACUUCUAAGGACUUGGUGUGGUAUAACUUAAGGUUGGAUAGGAUGGGAAGGUCUAAGGUGAUUGUGAGUUGUGGAGAAUUUCCUAAUGUGCCACUUAUGGGCGUUAGUGGAGGUAUAAACUACAAUCAUGUGUUAUCUCAAAUACAAUUGGGUUAUGCUUUGAAAGGACCUCCAGAGGAUAAAAGUAUACAAGAAUCUUUGUUCUACAAUGUGACUGAUGAUGUUGAGAUGAUGAAAAAGGAUGCUAAGGCUUGGAGUCAUAUUUCGUGUAAAGGAAGAGAAUUCUUUGGCAAGAAAGGUUGUGUUGCUUAUCCUCUUUAUUUAGACUGGAUCAAAGAGAGAGUUCAAACUGUCUUAUUGCCUUUUCUGAUAGAGAAGCCAUUAUAUCCUCAAAGUCCAGAUCACCCUGAUUUUGUGCCUAGAGAAUACUUCAAUCAAACUUUGCUUUUGAACAAGAAGUUGAAGCAAGAAAAAGAAGAGUUGAGCAUGCAGGUUUUUAUCUUUAGGCAAGAAAAGAUGGAUUCGGCUCAUAAACUUAGAGAAAGAGAUGAAUUUCUUGGUGAGUACGGUCUAGCUGUGGAUGGAAGAGUCAGAAAGAAGACUAAAGUCGACAGAAUUAGGGGAGAUACUUCUACCGUAAUUGAAGAACAAAAGAGAGCUCUUGAAGAGGUUGAAGAAGAGAUCAAACAAAAGCAUCGAGAACAUGAAUCACUUAAAAUAUCCAAAGCCAGGAUGGAGAGGAAGUACAAAGACAAGAUUAAAAGACUAGAGAAACAAAUUUAG